UAUCUUCUCAAAAGAACACUCAACGACCUUGUUUUCCCUCACUCAUCUUCCACGGCCACAGACGUGUCUUUCAUCGCGUCGCCGCACGAAUCAUCAGCAAACUCCCCAUGCCCGCUUCCAUCUCUGUUUAGUCGCGUGGUUUGCAUCCAUUGAACUAUUUCAACAGGCCUCUCCGGCCGAAAGCCCACCAUGGCUCCUAUCAAACCCCAACAAACGGAUUCUGAAAACUCCUCAGUAGCCGACAUCUCCAUGACAGAUGCUCAUAGUAUUAUCCAGCCGCGCAGACCCUCAUUUGGUCAUCUCAAUCGGUACAUGGACGACACGCCAGAUUACACAGAUUCAGAUACGAAUCCUAAUACCACCACGAGUAGCGUAGCAGGUGAUAUCGUGGCACCGGACGGUCGCAAGAGACGUUCGGAAGCAUUUCAAUUGAGAAAGAGCAUAUUGGGAAGAAAACAUGGACAGUUAGAUGAGUCUAAAGAGGAUGACACAAUUCGACGAUUCAAAUAUCUCCUUGGCCUUACGGACCUCUUCCGCCACUUCAUCGAGACAAACCCCAACCCCAAGAUCAGAGAUGUUGUGGAAGAGAUAGACCGACAGAACGCUGAUGAUGCGGCCAAAGCAAAGAAAGGCGUGUCUCGUAAAGGUGGCGCCGCAGCUGGGGCCAAGAGAAAGACGGAACAAGAAGAAGAUGCAGAAUUGCUGCGCGAUGAAAAGCGUGGUACGGCAUCUCAGACCAUAUUCCGAGACUCGCCUGCGUUCAUCCAGGGUGGCGAAAUGCGAGAUUACCAGGUUGCAGGUCUGAACUGGCUCAUUUCUUUGCACGAGAACGGUAUCUCCGGUAUCCUCGCUGAUGAGAUGGGUCUCGGCAAAACUCUUCAGACGAUUUCCUUCCUGGGAUAUCUACGCCAUAUCUGCGACAUCAAAGGACCACACCUGAUCGCCGUUCCCAAGUCAACUCUGGACAACUGGGCAAGAGAGUUCAAGAAAUGGACCCCAGAGGUCGAUGUACUAGUCCUUCAGGGAGCCAAGGAUGACCGUCAUGCCCUGAUCCAAGACAGACUUAUCGAGGAGAAGUUCGAUGUCUGUAUCACAAGUUACGAAAUGAUUCUCCGAGAAAAGUCACACUUGAAGAAAUUCGCUUGGGAGUAUAUCAUCGUCGACGAAGCACAUCGAAUCAAGAACGAGGAGUCGUCGCUUGCACAGAUUAUCCGAAUGUUCACUUCUCGAAACAGAUUGCUCAUCACCGGAACACCUCUGCAGAACAAUCUGCAUGAAUUGUGGGCACUCCUCAAUUUCCUUCUUCCCGAUGUCUUUGGAGAUUCCGAGGCGUUUGACUCAUGGUUUUCGAGCCAAAACGACGAUCAAGAUACAGUUGUUCAACAGUUGCACCGAGUAUUGAGACCUUUCUUACUCCGCAGAGUAAAGAGUGAUGUCGAGAAGAGCUUGCUACCAAAGAAGGAAGUCAACCUGUAUGUCGGUAUGUCUGAGAUGCAGGUCAAAUGGUAUCAGAGAAUCCUUGAAAAAGAUAUCGAUGCUGUAAAUGGCGCUGGUGGCAAGCGAGAAUCCAAGACGAGACUUCUGAACAUUGUCAUGCAGUUGCGGAAAUGUUGCAACCAUCCAUAUCUCUUUGAAGGUGCUGAACCUGGCCCUCCAUACACCACGGACGAGCAUUUGGUUUACAACUCUGGCAAAAUGAUCAUUCUCGACAAGAUCUUGAACCGAAUGAAGGAAGAGGGAAGCCGAGUACUCAUCUUCUCUCAGAUGAGCAGAGUUCUGGACAUUCUCGAGGACUACUGUGUUUUCAGAGGUCACAAGUACUGUCGUAUUGAUGGUGGCACUGCUCAUGAGGACCGUAUCGCAGCCAUCGACGACUACAACAAGCCCGACUCUGAAAAGUUCGUCUUCUUGCUCACUACCCGUGCUGGUGGUUUGGGCAUCAAUUUGACCACUGCCAAUAUUGUUGUUCUUUAUGACAGUGAUUGGAAUCCACAAGCUGAUUUGCAAGCUAUGGAUCGAGCACAUCGUAUUGGUCAGACGAAGCAAGUCAGAGUAUUCCGCUUUGUUACAGAAAAUGCCAUUGAAGAAAAGGUGCUAGAGAGAGCAGCACAGAAAUUGCGCUUGGAUCAGCUUGUUAUCCAGCAAGGACGAGCUCAACAACAAGUCAAGCAGGCCGCCUCCAAGGAUGACUUGCUGAACAUGAUUCAACACGGCGCUGAAAAGGUCUUUGAGACCAAAGGAGCCACUGGUGCUCUCGAUGAUAUCGACGAAAUUCUGCAGCGGGGCGAAGCUCGUACCGCAGAAUUGAAUAAGAAGUACGAAAAGCUCGGUAUCGAUGAUUUGCAAAAGUUUUCGUCUGAAAAUGCAUACGAGUGGAACGGCGAAGACUUCACCCAACGCCGGAAGGAUAUUGCUGUUAGUUGGAUCAACCCUGCCAAACGAGAACGCAAAGAACAAUUCUACUCUGUGGAUAAGUACUACAAACAGGCAUUGUCAACAGGAGGGGGCAAACCAGCUGAGCCGAAGCCCAAAGUACCUCGAGCUCCAAAACAGGUGAACGUGCACGAUUGGCAGUUCUUUCCUCCAGGACUUCAGGAGCUUCAAGAGAAGGAGACAGCCUACUACCACAAGGAAAUCGGCUACAAGGUGCCACUCGCUGACGGAACCGAGGAAGAUUUGAGUGAUCGUGAAGCAGAUCAACGACUAAAUCAAGAUGAAAUUGACAACGCUGAGCCUCUUACUGAGGAAGAGAAGCAGAAAAAGGCUGAAAUGCAGGAGCACGGUUUUGGCAACUGGAAUCGACGCGAUUUUCAACAGUUCAUCAAUGGAUCUGCCAAAUUUGGCCGAAACAACUAUGAAGGCAUUGCAAAUGAAGUCGACAGCAAAGAACCUGAUGAGAUUGAAGAAUAUGCAAAGGUGUUCUGGAAGCGGUACACCGAGAUUGCAGAUUAUGACAAGCACAUCAAGACCAUUGAGGCUGGUGAGGAGAAACUGCGCAAGACCAAUCUUCAGCGAAAGCUCCUUCGGAAGAAGAUGGAGAUGUACCGUGUUCCCUUGCAACAACUCAAGAUCAAUUACACUGUCUCAACAACAAACAAGAAGGUGUAUACAGAAGAAGAGGAUCGUUUCUUAUUGGUUAUGCUGGACAAACAUGGUGUCGACGGAGAAGGCUUAUAUGACAAGAUUCGUGACGAAAUCCGCGAGUCACCACUGUUCCGCUUCGACUGGUUCUUCCUCAGCAGAACUCCCGUCGAAAUUGGCAGAAGAUGCACUACUUUGCUCAACACAGUCCUGCGAGAGUUUGGUGACCCAGAAGAGAAGCUCACCAAUGGUCAUGGUUCAGGCAAAGGCCGAGGUCGUGACCGUGAUGAUGAGGAAGACGAAGAUAACGACAGUGAGGCGGCACCUGUGAAGAAGAAGGCCAAGAAUGGUAUUGUGAACAAAGCGGUCAAAGCGGUCAAAUCAGGUCGAGGCAGUAAAAACACCUCACCUGCAACAUCUCGAGCUCAAAGUGUUUCAUCGACCGCCCCAGCAAGUAAAUCAAAAGGAAAAAAGAAGUGACCUGUUUAGCCGGUUCGUCUGCCUUCCAUGGUUCGGAGUAAGUUGCGUGGAGUUCAUGAUAGGAUGCCGGAGGUUCUAUCGGUGAUUUCAGGGCCAUGGAGAAGCUGGUAUUGCAUAUUGAACUCAAGGUUGGGAUCGGAAGUUUGAGAUAACGACCACGGCAAUGAUUGUGUUAUGAAGUUUCAGCAGAUGGUGGGAGUUGUGAUUUGCAGAAUGCAAAAAAUGGCGUUGAGCAUAGGCUCCAGAGAUGUAGACUUAGUCAUACAGAGGAGCCACAUCAAUAGAGUCGUGAUUCCUGACGAUCAUGAAGCAUUUGUGUCCU